AUGAAAUUUGGAUACUACGGAAAAUCGAUGCCGUUUGGUCCGGACUCCUACAAGGAUGUCUCCAAAAUGGCGUAUCUCACCUCGGAACAAGCCCUUGCGGACUAUGCCCAUUUGUUCUAUUAUAUGAAAAAUGGACAAAAACACGAUGAUGGCUCCCCGACUUUUGAUGUGAAGACCAAGGUCGUGCUCUUCGGUGGAUCUUAUGGUGGAAUGCUGUCUGCCUGGUUCAGGAUGAAAUAUCCGCAUCUAUCUGUUGGAGCCUGGGCCUCCUCCGCCCCGUUGAAAUAUUUCAAUGGAGGUGGUGUUGAUUGGGGAGCGUUUGAUCUUGUCACCACCAGGACUUUCAAGGAUGCCGGCGCCAAUUUCAAUAAUGUGAAGAAUGGCUGGAACGCUAUCCUGAAACUUUCUCAAACCGCCGACGGCCAAGACUACCUUAACAAACUCUUUAACGUCGCUAGCAAUUCGACGAUUAAGGAUAUUAAUGGAGGAUGGAACCUGGUCUACUUUGUCCGGGAGGCAAUUGAAUAUAUGGCGAUGACUGAUUAUCCCUAUCCGACCAAUUUCCUGGUCCCCAUGCCUGGAUUCCCAGUCAAGGUAGCCGCAAAAUAUCUUGGAGGAGCGGAUUCAAAUGACGAUAAGGCGCUGGUAGCUGCUCUUUUCAAGGCCUCUAUGGUUUACUACAACCAAGACAACAACGCUGAUCCGACCUUCGUAUCUUGUAUCGAUCCAGUACAAUGUGGAGACCCUGGAACGGCCGGAUUGGGAGAUGCCCUUGGAUGGCCGUGGCAGGAAUGCACCGAAAUUGUUGUCGAGAUGUGUGCCAACAAUCAGUCAUUCUUCCUGGAAGAUACCGGAUGUACCACAAAGCCACUUCAAGUGUUGAAGGAUUCGUGCAAUCAAGUUUUUGGGAAUAUGGGCUGGACUGAGAAGUUCUUCCGGGAGAACGGGGUUCGGGAUUUGUAUGGAUUGACCCUUGUUGGGUAUUACAACAUGAUCUUGACGCAAGGUUACCUGGACCCGUGGAGCUCGGGUGGUUACAAGACUACCGACGCCGGUGUUGGACAACAGCAGGGAAUUUAUGUGGCUGAGAUUCAGGGCUCCGCCCACCAUCUUGAUCUCCGAACACCAAAUACCUGCGACGGAGAGCCGACUCAUAAUAUGCGAUAUCAGGCGGUAAAUAUUAUUAAUUGCUGGCUGACGGAUGGUUGUAUCAGCCCACCGCUUCAACCCUUACCUGCAUUGAAUGAUCUGACGAAUGUCACAUGCAAAGACUGGAUUCAAGGAUAUCCAUGGGGGCAGAAUGGCACUGUUACCUUGCCACCGGGCACCGUAACCGGCAGUACCGUGACCCCAGUGCCAACAACAUCUAUGGCCGUCACCAGCUUGCCUCUGAUUUCCUUCAUUUUCUACCUGCUCCGAGUUGUUCGGGCUAUU